AUGUUCGGGGUGACGGCGGCGGAGAGCGGGGAGGAGAGCGCCGCCCUGCUGGAGGACUUCCUCGCCCUGCAGAAGGAGAUCUUCUCCGAGCUAGGGCUGCACUACAGGGUCCUGGAUAUGCCCACGCAGGAGCUCGGGCUGCCCGCCUACCGGAAAUACGACAUUGAAGCCUGGAUGCCCGGCAGGGGCAAGUAUGGUGAGAUCUCCAGCACCUCCAACUGCACUGAUUACCAGAGCCGGCGCUUGAACAUCAUGUACUGCGACCGGACAGGGCAGCUCCGCUACGCGCAUACGGUCAACGGCACGGCCUGCGCCGUCCCGCGGGUGCUGAUCGCUCUGCUAGAGUCCAACCAGCUCCAGGUGCGCUCCCGUCCCGCCAGGGGGGACAUCC